GAUGGCGAUCUGACGAUGGGAUUUGUGGGGGUGGCUCCAGAUGAAGCUUUGAUGGGGCUUAUCACCGGCAAGAGGAAGGCGACGGAGGUGGCUCACUCUGUAUGGAAGAAUAUCGUUCGCAAAGGACAUACUGUUAUUGAUGCUACAUGUGGCAAUGGCUAUGAUACACUAGCAUUGCUUAAAAUGGUGGCUGAUGAUUCAGGAAGGGGUUGUGUAUAUGGAAUGGACAUCCAAAGUACAGCACUUGAGAGCACUUCUUUUUUACUGGAGGGAUCAGCUGAUGAAAAUGAGAGAAAAUUAGUUAAGCUAUCCUUGGUUUGCCAUAGCAAGAUGGAGGAUGUUGUCCCAAAAGGUACCCCGGUCAGGCUUGUAGCAUUCAACCUGGGAUACCUUCCAGGAGGAGACAAGUCAAUUAUCACAAGAUCACCCACGACAUUAAUGGCUCUUCAGGCUGCAAGUAGAUUACUGGAUUCAGGAGGACUUAUCAGCACGGUGGUUUAUGUGGGACAUCCCGGUGGAAGGGAUGAACUGGAAACUGUUCAAUCCUUUGCAUCUAGCUUGCCUAUGGAGAGUUGGGCCAGCUGCAAGUUUGAAAUGAUUAACCGCCCGACUUGCCCAGUUCUGGUUUUCUUACUUAAGAAGUAGAUCAUAUGCGUUCUCUGAUGAAAUUCGUUCUAUUUCGUGAUCUCCUGUGUAUUAUAUUUGCAUACCAUCAUUUUUGAAGUGGAGGGGUUCAAUGGACUAGUUUGACUAACCUCUACGCAUCGUGAAAGUGUUUGAAUUCUAAGCUAUUGAUCCUGAAAAUGCAAAAUAUUAUUUUGGAACCU